AUGUUGUGGACAAAAUGGCUAUUAUUACUAGCCUCGACUCAUGCUCAAAGCACACCCGAUUGUCCUAUCCUUGGAGCUGCAUACCCUGCACCCAGAGCUCUGUCAAAAGAUCCGACCUUCCUCGCAGCAACUCAAAAGAUAAGCACAAGGCUUAACACAGCAAUUGACAAUGAAAAUUUAUCUUCCGUCUCUUUUGCACUGCAGAUAUUCAGCAGCCAUGAAUCCGAUCCAGCAUACGGGUUCUACCUCACAGACGACUUAAUUAAGAAUGGAAAUGUCGGUGUUACUGAAGUUGAUGAGAACACAAUAUUCCGCAUUGGCAGCGUAUCAAAGCUGUGGACAAUGUUCCUUUACAUGACUUUUGGCGGGAUACGGUACUUUUACGAGCCUGUUUCGAAGUACGUACCCGAGCUACGGGUGAAUCAAAGCUUGGCACAAUCAACAAACGCCAUUGAUCAUAUAAAGUGGGAUGGUGUGACCAUUGGCGAGUUGGCAAGCCACCAGGCUGGUGUUUUGAGAGAUUACGCAUUUAUGGAUCUAUCAUUCCAGCAAAAAACUCUUCAAAUUCAGGGAUUUCCCGCGCUAGCUGAGUCUCAGCAGUUGACAUGCGGAAACGCGCAUCUGUGCGACAGGAAAGGUUUCUUUGACGGAAUACUACAGAGUCUAUAUUCUAAUGCAGGCUACCAAAUUCUCGGAUACGCCAUGGAAGCAAUUCUCAAUUCCAGUUACGAGAAAAUAUUAAUGGAUCGACUUAUUGAGCCUCUCAAUUUGACAAGAUCCAGUCUUCACACCCCUGACCCAGCUUUAGCAGUGGUACCCUACAACGAGUCGUUCAGCUUUUUCAACUUCGAAUUCGGCGAUGAAGCAAGUGCCGGUGCGAUAUAUUCAUCAGCAAAAGACAUGUCGACUUUCGGCCGUGCAAUUCUUUCAAACAAGCUGGUUGACCCUUCGGUCACCAGACAAUGGAUGAAGCCAAUAACUCACACAUCGUCCAUACGACAGGCAGUGGGUGCUCCUUGGGAAAUCUAUAGUUUUUCAACACCUCGUCGGACCGAUCUCUACACCAAAGCUGGUGAUAUCGGGAUGUACUCCAGCUUCAUAGGUCUCUCGCCAGACCAUGACGCCGGCUUCAGCGUCUUGCUCGCGGGUAGCAACUCACAUCAGUCUACAGCGAUGAUAUCGGAAAUCGUCUCAGAUAUAUUAUUACCAACACUCGACUUGGUUGCAAGGAACCAAGCACUGGAGCGAUUCGGUGGAACAUAUCAGCUGGCAACCGACGGGUCCAACUCUUCCAUCACCAUAACCGCGGAUGACAGCCCUGGGUUGAAGAUCGAGAGCUGGAUCAGCAACUCCGUCGACAUGUACGCAACCCUGAUGAGCAUGCAAAAAGUGACCGAUCGUUCUGCAAUGAGUAUACGCCUACAGCCGACUGGUCUUCAGACUGGGACUAGGAUUGGAUUUGCUGCUGUGAUAUAUUCGCAACCCACGCCGCCUAACGCCGGCCCCAUCACGGGCUCCUGCUUCUCGUGGCAAUUACUCGAAUCCUUUAUAUAUGGAAACGUUGCUUUGUCUGAGUUUGAAUUCGAGGUUAAUGAUGACGGGAAUGCGACGAGCGUCUCGCCUCGGGCAUUGCGCAUAACUCUCCCAAGGCUGUGA